GCGUGCGUUGGCCGGUCCAAUGGCAUCAUCUACUGCGUUGUUUCUACCAACCCUGCGAAUGCGUGAUUUUCGGUUGGCAUUGAGAUCACGUUGCCUUGCUGAAACUGUCAGUGUUUGGACUUGCCUAUCACAAGCCAGAUGGCAAAACAUCAGAAGUAAAAUUGUCUGUGAACACACAAAAUCACACGAAAAAAUCUCGGAAAAAAAAAUUGUACAAAAUUUUACCGAUUCGCUCUCGACCAGAUUUAAAAUUUUGUUUCGGCCGAACUUCAAAUUAGGAAUACAAAAGAACGGUGUGUCGAGUGUGUACCAAAAUCAAAUCGUGUUUAGCUAGUUGACGUCUGGAUAUAUGCUACUUUGACUAGUCGUUAACUAUUUUCAAGUGAUCGGAAGCAAACGUAGACUCGAUUAACCAUGGGUAAAAAGGGCAAAGGAAAGAAGGGCAAGAAGCCCGCGGCAGUUGUGGCUCCCAUCGAGGCACCACCAUGUCCUCCGUGUCCGGAACCACCAAAGCAGAUGCAACCACUUGACGCUUGUCCAGAGUCUAGCGGACCCCACGAUGUCCUUCGGGCUCAACCGAAUCAUUACCCGGCUCUUCUUCGUAUUCCGGAAACGAUGGCGGUGGUGGGCUCUGAGAAUGGAUGCUACGAUAGCAUUUGCAAGCUCCUGAGAGCCGGAUUCCGGUGUGCCGAGAGAGUUUUCGUGAUGGCCCCUUGGGGCAACUACGUGGUGUUCCGGUAUCACAACAAUAAUGACUUUAUUUACUUUCUGUUUGAUGGAUGCACCUGCGAUGUUAAUAGGUUCCGCUAUCUAGACCUCAGCUGCGGAACUGCCGGAUUUCUUUUCUUCGAUAAUAUGCACGACGUCAUUAGUUAUAUUAUCCAGUCUCGAAAGACGCGUCUAUAUCUGGAGAAUCUAAACAAGAUUGCCAUCGAUCAGAUUGUGGAGGAGUAUGGCGCUGUAACGUACACCCAAAAGGCGAAAUGUAUGCGAUUCGCUUAAAUGGGUCCCAUAUGAUUUCUAACAAAAGAGAGGAACGCAAACACACGACGAGGAUAAUACUGGACGCCAGGCUUUGCUUUAAACAUUUAACAUAUUUUGGUACAAUCUUUAUCAAUAAAUAAUAAUCACUUUGAAAGCAAAUAAGACCAAUUUGCAUAGCCUUAACACCAAUAGCGGUGAUAGCGUUAAACCAAAGAGUUUAUUUUACAUCUCAAAGUUAAUCCUUUUGUAAAGUUUUGCUAGGCAAGUCGAGGUUAGCGUACGAUCAAAAGAAGGUAAAUAACAAUAGUCAACUUACAUUAUUGCAAUAUUACUGUGGAUAAGAUACAAAUUGUAAAUAUCAUAUUAACAGAGACUUACAGGGUGUGUGUAAAGAUUUUUUUCUAUCACUGUACAGAUUCCUUUGAAUAGAAUGGAAAUUAUGCAGAUGCAUAAUUUUCAUGUUACUCGGCUUAAAAGAAUAAAGCGCACGAUCCAAAAUCCAAAGCCCUCAAAUUA